AUGCAAGUGACUCCAGCUAUUCUGAAGUUCAAAGGCCCCCAUAAAGAGACUGCCACGGAGUUCAUAACGGUGACCAACGACACCGAUGGUCUGCUGGCAUUCAAAGUCAAGACCACGGCGCCUAAGUUCUACUGUGUCAGGCCCAAUGCAGCGGUGCUGGAGAAGGGUGAGAAGAUGGAUGUACUCAUCAUCUCCCAGGGCUUGCCAGAAGAACCAACUGCUCCAUUCAAGUGCAAGGAUAAGUUCUUGAUUGAAGGUGUGCCUGUUAGCAAGGUUGUGGAGAACAAGGAGGUGUCAGAGAACUGGGCCAAGCUGGUGCAACUCCAAGGCCAGGGCGGAGUCGACUCCAAGAAGAUCCGUGUGGCCUUUUUGGUUGGGGAAACUUAUACCGCCAAGGAGCUGGAGACGAGAAAGGAGAAGGCAGCGUUGCUUUCGUCAAAGUCUACAGGGUCUACGCCAAAACCAAGUGUGGUGUCUUCGCCUAUUGAGGCCCCAAAGACCUCGGCUAGUCAACAAGUGAAGAAUGAGAUCGAGGCGAGCAAUGCCAAGGUAGCAGCUUUGAAUGAGAAGCUUGAUUCAAACGAAAGUUCACCCGUGUCUAGUGGUUCUGGAAGCCCAACAGCGGUGAAACCUGCUUCGGGCUCUUCCAGUUUCGUCACUUUUGCUGCUCUCACUGUGGUUCUCGCUGUUUUGUUGAAGUAUUUUGGGUAUUUCUAA